UAAGACGAGAUCUGCUACCGUGCACCGUGAUACAAGCAAACGUCCUCCUCGUGCGGACUUUAUGGAUUUAUAAUCGCACAUUUGACAAGCGGAUAAAAGGAGAGAAACGCUCCGAGGAUUUAACAAAGAUAAACGAGAGGACUUCCUUCUUAACACAUUGAAUUAGAGCACUCUCCCCCCUAAUCGCGGGGAACUGGAUUAAGCUUCUUCAUGCAACUUUUUUGGAAAGAAACCAAGAGCAUCUCGCCAGGGAAUAACAAAAAGAUCAGCAACUUACCUCUUCUUUAGUAAUCUUCUUGUGUGUGCACCGCUGCCUCCCUCCUGUCACUGCAGGUGACAUCGCGCUCUCCCCGGUAACGGCAGGAGUCACAUUCUCUUUCGGUCCCUCCGGGGAAAUGUACCAAGGGUUCCCCGGCGACCCAGACAACGGAUCCCGUGGAAGCUCCUCUCCAUCUAUAGAGUCCCAGUAUCUUUCCUCCGUGGACUCCUUCGGGAGCCCGCCGACCACCAGUGCUCCGCAGGAUUGUGUGUCAGCGGGAGCUGGCUUGAGCAUUGGGGACAGCGGGCCAGGGGCCAGUGCCGGAGGGGAAAUGCCAGGUUCAUUUGUGCCAACCGUCACCGCCAUCACCACCAGUCAGGACCUGCAGUGGAUGGUACAGCCGACCCUCAUCUCCUCCCAGGCUUCUGGACAGAGUGGGUCGACUGGCACCACAACCAUGACCCAACCAGUGUCACUGGUUGACCCAUAUGACAUGCCAGGCCCCAGUUAUUGUUCAGGGUCUGGAUUCACUCCUCCAAGUUCAGACACUCCAGGCCCAGCACCGGGCCCAAUCCGCCAGUCCAGAACUCGUAGCCGCCGUACCCGAGAAGAGUCUGUGAGUGAAGAUGGAGAUGUUGGUGUGUUACUAACACCUGAGGAGGAGGAGAAGAGACGUGUUCGGCGAGAGAGAAACAAGCUGGCUGCCGCCAAAUGCAGAAACCGCAGACGAGAACUCACAGACAGACUGCAGUCGGAGACGGACAUACUGGAGGAGGAGAAGGCAGAGCUGGAAGCUGAGAUCUCUGAGCUGCAGAAGGAGAAGGAGCGCCUGGAGUUUGUCUUGGUCGCUCACCAGCCGAACUGUAAGAUCCCAUACCAGGACCAAUCUCAGCAGGGAUCAGCGCAGCUCCCUCCAGUCCAGUCCCAGCUCCCUCCCCAGACCUUACAACCUCCUGUCUCCAUUGUGGGCUUGGCUGUGAAGGAGGACUCUUUCUAUCUCCCUCCUGCCUACACAGCCCAUGCGGUCUCCACACAGCCCCAGCCUCCGGUUCAGCAGCAGCAAGUUCAGCAGCAGCAAGUCCAGCAGCAGCCUCAGCCAGGGAUAAUGCAGGAGGUAGAGUUUUCUAGUUCUUUCUAUGGCUCAAGUGAGCCGGCACCCGGCGGGCCGUGCCUCAUGGCCAGCAACAGUGGUGGUGGUGUUAACCAUGACGAUGCGGCUAUUGGCAGCUACAACACCUCAUACACAUCUUCAUUUGUGUUCACCUACCCAGAGGGAGCCUGCGGGGUCAGUGCCAACCAGCGGAACAGCAGUAGCGAGCAGUCAUCUGAUUCCCUGAACUCGCCUUCGCUGCUGGCACUCUGACUGACCGACACACACACGCGUACACAUAUCAACACACAUACACAUUAUGCUCGCUGGAAGUAGAGACUGAGGCAAGUACAUGCACAGUACAUAUCAGUCUCACAGAUUGAGAAAAAAACAAAACAACGAUAACCAAUCGUUUGCUUCGGAUUGGCUUCAAGUUUACACAUUUUGAAAUGCAUUCCAAUUAAGAGCCAUACAAAUAGUUGCACAUGAAUUGAUCUAACCUUUAUCAUUGAGCUUAAAAAAUACAUUGUUUCUUAUUUUGUGUUAUUGGAAUAUCUGCAACUGGACAACAUAAGUGAAUAAAAACUGACAUCACGUCCAAGUUGCCAAUCUUAACAAUGAAUAAUCUCAAUCUUUGACAUGUACAUUUGAGUGAGAUACCACACACUCCAACAAGCACCAGUGCCCCCACCUCGUUCCCUCUGUCGGUUGCCCCUUUUCCAGUGCUCUUGCUCUCAUCCUAUUCCAUCCUAUUCUCCCUUCCUUCCUCUUGCUGAAUGUAUUUGUGCAAAUCUGGAAUAGGGACGAAGGACUUUGUUCAGGGUCUUUUCUUCUUGUGGGAGACAGCUGAUUUCUCGCUCACCUCUAACCCCUCAUCCGCUCGACUUCCUUCUGCUUUUUCAUUUGCUGCUUGGACUUGGCAAGUUGGGGAUCUGAGUGUCACAGCCUCCACUAAGUCUUGUGCUUUUCUCUCUCGUUUUUAAAAAACAAAACAAAAAAAGUCUUCUGCCAUCUGCCUACCUGCCAUGCGACCCAUCUCUGCCCAUCUCUGUUUCUCUUCUUCUGUCUCUGUGUUUCUCCCUCUCUCUGAAGUCUUCAACCCCCGAGAGCCCGAAGACCCCCUCCAGCCCUUGGGACCUUGAGUGAAUGACGGCCCAACUAACACGCCCUUUUGCACCCUCUCAUACAAGGACAUGGAUGCAACCCCUACCCCCCAUAGAGAAGAACCAUUUUCUUGGAGCGCAUUGCUCUAAGCGGAUCCUUACAGUGAUCAGCAGCUAGACACUUUCACACACACACAUAGACGCAUAAUUGAUGAACGCAACAUGCAAGACGGAUGCCACUGUCUUCUGCUGAGCCAUUUUUCAAUGUUCACACGAUGAAAUCUUAUGUUGUAAGAACGGUUAAAAGUGAGAAUGGAGAGAGGUUUAAGCAGGAAGGGAGGAAGGAAGAGUAAUCCAGCUGGAUAGACUCAGAUGGAGAGACGAUGGAUAAAGAGGAUGACUCCCAUCCUAACCAUCAAUUUUAUGGAACCAAAUGUCAAAAACAAAGAAAGAGCUAAAUGUUAAAAGCAAAAAAAAGAAACAAACAAACAAAAAAAAGAAACAAAGAAAGGAAAAAAUCCUGCUCUUGCCAACUGUGUGGAAGGGUGACCUCAGUAAACCCACCUCCAUACCACAGAGCCUCAUCACCCUGGACCUACAUGCGCAUAUUCAAACAAUCGCUUUGAAGUCUCUGAACUGAAGAUACAGACGUUUGUUGCAGCGCACCAGCUCCGUGUUUUUGCUCAGAAUCAAUCAGAUGUGAACCGAUGCCUUUAUUUUAGAGGAGAGACGAUGUUUUUUGUAGUGAUUCAGACAACCUCUAAAACAUUGGGCUCAGUGGUCUCUGUACCUUCCCCUGUUCUCUCAGUGGAGACGAGAUGGAGAGAGAGAGGGGGGGGUGCGUUUAUUGUGAGUGCGUCCACUCUGAGGCACCUGGCCCGUUUAUUUCUUUCUUUAUUGAGGUUGAUGUGGUGCGUGAGCACAAAGCCUGGAAACAAAAGGGGAGAACAUGUGGGCUGAUGUUGUGGAGUGAGCGUCCUUUCUUUGCCUGUGAAUUUGUACUAUUUGUUUUUCCUGUAUGUUUGAGUGCGAAUUGUUAUAUAUUUUAAUGUCUAUGUUUGUUUGAUUGUUUUGCAUUGACCUCUGCUUUCAUUUGUACUGUUGCCGUUCCUUGUUUUUGUUCUGUUUUUUUUUAUCGGGAGUUUUCCUUAUAACUGUUACUAUUAUUAUUAUUGCAUUGUAAUGAUUGUUUCAUUAUUUUAUUGUAUUUUCAUUUGGCAACUUUGGAGGCAUGUUGUGCACUACAAAAGAAAAAAAAUCUAAUUAUAAGUCUAUAUGCAUAUACAUAUAUACAGAUAACAUGUAUAUAUAAGUGUAUGUACCAUGAUUGUAAAGUAUGAAUGUCGCAGAUCUAAAUGGGAUAUUUUUGUCAAUGAAGAACAAGAUAAAAUGUUACUGAGGUUUAGUUUUAAAAUGAAUAUUUUUCUAAAAGAACAAAAAAACUAUAAUAAAUUUAAAGUACUGCCCUGUCCCUAAACAUGAAGCACGAUGUCACUGCCUCUAUCAAUGUGUAUUUAUGUUUUAUAAACAAUAUAAAGCACUAUCCAAGUUACAUUAAAUGUAUGUUUAUAAAAUAUGAUGUUAGAAGGUUGUGGUAACGCCUUUGUUUUUGUUUGUUUGUUUUUUUCUCUGUGAGGUCUGUCCCAAUGCUACUGACACCUUAAUGCCACUUUGAUCCUCAGCACAUGCAAAAUGAGGGAAAAAAAUAAAUAUAGCGUGAUUGAAUGUCAAUACACAUAUUAAAAAGUGUUCAGACUACAACAUAAUGAUUAAAAUGUUUCAUUUAAGGACAAAGUAUUUCAUACGCAGUAUGCAUUUCUGUCCAGUAUAAACAUAUCACUCAAUAACAAUGUUAUUUCCUAACCGAAAUGUGUGUUUGAAGGAUAACCGCAGUUUUAGCAUCAAUAUUAACGUUAUCAUGUUACAGUUUAUCCACUCUUGUACUCAAGCAAAUAUGUUGUCUGACUGACAAAAACUGUCUUGUGAUUGUGUUUGCUGCAUAAGAAGCUUUAUUUUCAAUAAAUAAACACGUUUAUUCAAAAA